AGACCGAACCCUAACCCAAAGCCAGAUGUAUGUCCCACUUAUUUUUCUUCAAAGCUUGGCGUGCAGCAUUGCUUGACUUCUCGGAGCUCGCUCGUGCCUGGCGCGACAACUGAUAAUCCAUGCAACAAAAAGUUACCAGUUUACCAUCAUUGAUUCGCGCCCCCGGCCACGGUGACCGCCAACCAUUGCAGGCGCAUGAAUAAAGAUUCGUCAUAGAAGACGACAUCAUCAUCCACAUCGCGAUCGAUAAACAGCCGCCACAAUGUCACGGAGGGACUUCCUUAGCAUGCCCGCGCCCGAGAACUACGUCGCUGGUCUCGGGCGUGGUGCCACUGGCUUUACCACCAGAUCUGACUUGGGUCCGGCGCGAGAAGGUCCCAGCGAAGACCAAAUCAAGGCUGCUGUCGCAAAGAGGACAGCCCAAUUGGGACUCGGUGGCGACAAUGCGAAAGAUGAUGACAACGAUGACGCCGCUCGAUAUCAGGAUCCAGACAACGAGGUUGGCCUGUUUGCCGGCGGUUUCUAUGAUAAAGAGGAUGAAGAGGCAGACAAGAUCUGGGAAGAUAUAGACGAGAAGAUGGCAAGCAGGAGGAGAAAGCAAAGGGAAGCACGAGAAAAAGCCGAACGAGAAGAAUACGAGCGACAGAACCCAAAGAUUCAGCAGCAGUUUGCCGGGCUCAAGAGAAAAUUGGCCGAGCUCACCGACGAUGAUUGGGCGAACAUACCCGAGGCAAAGGAUGCCACCGGCAAGACCAAGAGGGCACGACAAGCGAGGAUGGAGAGAUUCUAUGCUGUGCCCGACAGCGUGCUAGCUGCUGCGAGAGACCAGGGUCAGUUUGGCACGACAGUUGCAGACGAUGGGACUGCUACCAGCGCUACUCCCGGAGGAACCGAAACGACAACGGAUUUUGCAAAGAUCGGUGCCGCCCGCGACAAGGUGUUGAAGGCAAGACUUGAGCAGACAUCACAAACCAGCGGGCUUGCUACGGCAGGUAGCGCCACGAGUCUGGAUCCGAGGGGUUACUUGACCUCACUAGCCAGCACCCAAGGUGCAGAGCAGAGUAUCGGUGAUAUUGAGCAGUUCAGAAAGAUGUUGAAGUCUGCUGUAGACUCAAACCCCAAACAGGCGUCCAGUUGGAUGGCUGCGGCAAGAUUGGAGAUGACAGCAGGGAAACCGGGUGCCGCCCGCAAGUUGAUUGCGGCUGGGUGCCAGCAUUGUCCCAAGAAUGAGGAUAUCUGGCUUGAGAAUAUCAACAUCAACGACACUCACAAUGCCAAGAUUAUUGCGGCUGAAGCUAUCCGCAACAACCCAAAGUCGGUGAAGCUCUGGGUGGCGGCCAUGAAACUGGAGAAUGACCAAAGAUCACGGAAGAAGGUGAUCCGAAAGGCGCUGGAUCAUAACCCACAAUCCGAGGCUUUAUGGAUUCAUGCGGUGAACCUGGAAGAAGAUGUGGAAGAUGCCCGCAUUUUGCUAGCCAAGGCUACUGAGCUUAUCCCCGAAUCACUCGACUUGUGGCUGAGACUGGCACAUUUAGAGACCCCGGAGAAUGCUCGCAAGGUGCUCAACAAGGCCGUCAAGAAGCUCCCCAACUCCCACGAGCUGUGGAUUGCGGCCGCUCGCCUGGAGGAGCAGCUUGGUGAGGGUGCAAGACGACCAGUCAUGAAGAACGCCGUUAAGUUCUUGGUCAAGCAAAACGCCAUGCCCAAGCGUGAAGAAUGGAUUGCUGAGGCUGAAAAGUGCGAGGAUGAAGGCGCGGUCAUCACCUGCAGCAAUAUCAUCGAAGAGACCCUUGGCUGGGGGCUGGACGAGGACGACGACCGCAAGGAGCUCUGGAUGGAAGAUGCCAAAGCCAGUAUCAGCCGCGAAAAGUACGCCACCGGCCGGGCGAUAUACGCCUAUGCUCUUCGUGUCUUCCCCAACAGCAAGAGCCUUUACCUCGCCGCCAUUGACCUGGAGAGAGAGCACGGCAACAAGGAGGACCUCUGGAACGCGCUUGAAAAAGCCGUCGAGGCCUGCCCUCACCAAGAGACCUUCUGGCUCAUGCUGGCCCGCGAAAAGGCAGGCGAGAUUAACGAGGCUCGUCGCGUUCUGGCCCGUGCCUUCAAGCAAAACCCCGAUAACGAGGACAUCUGGCUUGCGGCUGUCAAGCUUGAGGCUGACAACGGCUUUAUCGAUCAAGCCCGCGACCUGCUCAAGACUGCCCGGCAAAACGCCCCUACCGAUCGUGUCUGGAUGCGUUCCGUGGCCUUUGAGCGCCAGCUAGGCAACAGCGAAGCCGCCCUUGACCUCGUCAUUGACGCCCUCCGCCUCUUCCCUAACGCCCCAAAGCUUUGGAUGAUGAAGGGGCAGAUUUACGAGGACAUGGAUCAGCCGGCACAGGCAAGGGAGGCAUAUGGUGCCGGUGUCCGCGCCGUUCCUUCGUCGGUCCCCUUGUGGCUUUUGUACUCCCGUCUGGAGGAGCGCCUCAACAACGUGGUCAAGGCCCGUUCCGUCCUCGACAGAGCAAGGCAGGCAAUUCCCAAAUCGGCUGAGCUGUGGACUGAGCUCAUCCGUCUUGAGCGUCGCGCCGGUAACAUCACUCAGGCCAAGACCCUCAUGGCUACUGCCCUGCAGCAGAUGCCCAAGAGCGGUCUCCUCUGGGCGGAGAGGAUUCUUCACCUGGAACAGCGAACCCAGCGCAAAUCGCUGCUGGCGGAGGCGAUGAAGAAAGUGGAGAACGACCCGGUGCUGAUGGUGACGGCGGCGUAUAUCCUCUGGAAAGAGAGGAAACUCGAGCAGGCGGAUAAAUGGUUUGAGAGAGCGCUGAAGCUGGACACGGACCAUGGGGAUACGUGGGCGUGGUAUUACAAGUUUUUGCUGCAGCAUGGGACGGAAGAGAAGAGGGCUGGGUUGGUGAGCAGGUGUGUUUUGGCGGAGCCGAGACAUGGGGAGUAUUGGCAGCGGGUGGCCAAGAUGCCGAAGAAUGCGGGGAAGGGUACGGGGGAGAUGUUGAAGUUGGUUGCUGCUUCUUUGCCGGAGUAGGGUCCUGGAGGAGUGUUGUAAUGUUGAAUUGGUUUGGGGACAUGGGACGGGAUUAGGGCACGUAUGGAUAGGAUAAUGAUAUCAAUUGAUCGAUCAACUUGAGAUCAAAUUCAAACAAAACUAGAAAACCCCGAAAACCUGAAAACACCCAGUUAUCAAAAC